AUGAAGUGCAUCUGUUUUCUGAUAAGUGUGUUUUGUUUGUAUGGAUAUGUAAAAUCCGCAUCUUUAGAACCAGUUAAUAAAAUAUUAGCUCAGGAAUUUGAAAGCAAUGUAAAUAAUUACAAAUUUAGCUAUUACACUGACGAUGGACAACGAAGAGAAGAAAGUGCUGUGCUCCAUAAAUCGGGACCAGACGUCGAAAAUCUUGAAGUUCAAGGCGUGUUUUCAUACAAUCUCGAUGAUGGAAGGGUUAAUAUAGUAACAUAUACGUCGGGAGUGAAUGGAUUUAGACCAAAAAUUGACAUAAAUGGAAGGCACACAGGUUCAAUUAACUUUGGAGUACCAAGAACGACUGAAAGGCAACCAGGUCAAAUAACCUCAGCAGUCUUUGCACAACCCUCAUUUGGCUUUGGACAAUCAGCUAAAAGUGGAAUGAUUGAAUCAGAUUUACCCUCAAUUAGCUCUGAAGAACCAAUUAUAAGUGAGAUCAGUACCGCUCUGUACAAAACUCUUGGCAAAUGAUUGUGCUUUUUAUAAAUAUUUUUGAACUGAAUUCUAUUUGUAAGAUGAAUAUAAUAUAUAUAAUAUAGAA